UAUAGAGCCGGAGGGAGAUGGACGUGCAUUCGGGUCGAAAGCUCAGCACGUCGUCUCCUCCUCCGCGGUUCUAUCUCGUGUCCUGGAGAGUAUGCAAUAUCUGCAUGGCGUUCUUUUUCGCGCUUGCCGCCUAUGUUCAGGUAGCCUACUUAAUUCCUGCUGUAUUAUCCUUCCUCGUCGGCCUGAAUCCACCAGUCACAGAUAACUUCAUCUGGAAACAUGUCUCAUUAAUGCACAUGACCAUGUGCUUCAUGGUGGCCACGCUGUGGGGUUGGUAUCUUCAUCGACAUGCAAAGAACACUAUCUUCCACGAAGAGGAGGGCCGGGAAUUUUUGGGAUUAGUAAUAAUCAUUAUUUGGAUGCUGCUCUGCCAGAAUUCAGGGAAGUAUCUUGGUGGUUUUAAAAUUUCUGUUGCAGGUUUUAUUACUGUCCUGCCAUUUGUGAUGUGGUUAUAUUACUACAUCAAUAAAGAGCUGCGAGCAUCUUGGCCAGAGCACUGCAAGAACACCAUUUAGCCCAGAUACAACGUAAUAGUGGGACCAGAAAAAGGGUCGUGGAACUAACGUGAAUUGAACGAGUUGCCGUACAGACCCAUUUAUUUAGAGCUGUUUUUGUGGACAAUCUGAGGUUGUGAUAGAUGUAAUUUUGAACACAAUUUUCUGUUAUAUAAUUUGGAUGAAAUAACUUACAAUUAUGUUAAUUGUAUAAUGGAUUUAUCACUUUGACAUCUGAGACAGAUUGCAAAUUGAAGUCCUGGAUCUGGUCUUGAGGUUUGAAUCUAGGGAGGAACAUGAUUUGAAUUUUAAGGACCAAACAUUUAUUUAACAAGUGCAAUUGCACUUUGAUAUAUAUUUUUUAAAGAUUGGCUUUAUUUGUCACAUGUACAUUGAAACAAACAGUGAACUGCAUUGUUUGUGUCAAAUCCUGAUUGUGCUGGGCAGCCCACAGAUGCCACCACACUUUGGGCACCGACGUAAGUACAUGUUUGGCACUCAUUGUGAGCCGAAGGGCCUGUAUUGUACUGUAGGUUUUCUAUGUAACAUGCCCACAACUCACUAAACCUAACCUUACAUCUUUGGUAUGUGGUGGGGAUGGGAAACCAUGCUGUCAUGGGGAGAACAUACAACUCCUUACAGGAGGCAGCAGGUAUUGAACCAUGAUCUCUGGUGCUAUGCUACUCUGCACCCUUAUGCAGAAAAUCUUAGGACCACGUAAAGAUUAUGCAGCCCAAGAAGUGUUGCCAGUCACCUUUCAGAAUAGGAUUAGUAUGCGCAUCCUAAUAGAUUUUUCUUUGAAAGAAAUUUUCAUCUUCACAUUCAGACUCGAUCUAACAAACUUAAGAUUUGUUUCUGUAUAUCUUAUAGUUUGAAAAUUUUUGCACAGAUGCACCAGUGACAAUUCUGAUGUUCAAACAUUACAUAGUCUGUAUUUGCCAAUGAGAGGGGAGUAUUUGCACUUGGGGAUUGGGAAUGUGAAGUUAUUUAUAAUUAUUAGCAAUUUUUUGAGAUUAGAUUUCAUAUUGGCAACUUAAUUUCUAAAGGCUGAUCCAUAAAUGGAUACUUCUCCAUUUAAAUUUGAUGGAUAUCCUCGAUCUGUAAUGGUUGCAUUACCAAUGGUGUAAUACUGGAAAGGAAUAGACUUACCACUACAUAAUGGAAAGAAAAAAAUUACUACAUGAAAAGUGGAGAAUGGGGAGGAAUCUCCAGAGUGAAACUAUACUGAAAGUAGAUUCUGAAAAACCACAUUAAAGAUGUCUUUAAACAAAUUAUUUUAUCUAACUUUAUUAACUGUAUUGGGAUUUAUUUCUUCUGAAUCACAUUGGUGAUGUAUUUUGCAUUACUUACAAGAAUGAUCAUGAGAUGAAAAAGGAUCUAGUGCUUACCUGACAUAUACGAUGAAUAAACUCUUCUCAGACUUCCAGCUGGGUCCAGAAAUCGAUUUUAACUGAUGUUUCAAUGACAAACACUGCCAUCUUCAUCAGGUACGAUGCCUGGGCAUGUCUAGUCUGGUGGUAUAUGUACCCCCAUUGUCCAUCCCUCCUGCCUGGUUAGUCCUCAUCCGAUCAGGUUUCUGCUGCCCCAGCUUGUUUACAAUCAAAUUCCAGU